AUCUCUGUAGCCUGGUUGGCCCUCCCAGGCCCUCCAGUAACAGAUCAGAGAGUAGCAGCUGCUAGAGUCCGGACCCUCUGUCUGUCUUCUGUCAGCUCGUCUGUGAUCCACUGAAGACACCAGAGCUGCUGUCACAUCCAGGAUGAGGCUGCUGCCAGUUGUUGUUACAGUGUCACUAACGGUGGCCCUCGCUUAUUAUGUUUACAUCCCGCUGCCGGAUGCCAUCCAGGAGCCCUGGAAGCUGAUGAUGCUGGACGCUGGAUUCCGAACAACGAUGCACCUGGCCUCUUUAAAGUCUUGGAUGGGUUUUGACGAUUACAUCACGUCAAUCAGGCAGUCCUCAGACAGGUUCGAAGGCAUGAUGAAGUCCGGCGCAGGAGGGGUCAUGCCCGGAGUCAAAGUCAGCGACAUCACUUUUGACGGCGUCCCGGUCCGUGUUUACGAGCCCCCGGCUGGAGGUGAGGGUCAUCUGAGGAGAGGGCUGAUGUUUUUUCAUGGAGGAGGCUGGGCCCUCGGCAGUGCCAAAAAGGGGUCGUAUGACACCAUCAACCAGAUGUUGUCCGACGAACUCAACGCUGUUGUGGUCUCUGUUGAGUACCGUCUGUAUCCAGAGGUGCACUUUCCAGUGCCGUAUUUAGACUGCCUUGUCGCUGCCAAGCACUUCUUGUCCCCAGAGGUCCAGGCCAGGUAUGCAGUCGACCCUGAGCGUGUGGGUGUGGCAGGGGACAGCGCUGGAGGAAACCUGGCUGCUGCGGUUGCUCAGGAGAUUUCCAUAGAUGACACUAUGAGUGUGAAAUUCAGCGUCCAGGCGUUGAUCUACCCAGUGCUCCAGGCUCUGGACUUCAACACGCCCUCCUACUUGCAGAACCAAAAUAUACCCAUCCUCUACCGGCAAAUUAUGGUCCGCUUCUGGCUGCAGUACCUCGGUGCUGACCUCUCCCUGCAGUCCCAGUUGCUGGCAAACAACCACAGCUCCUUACACAACUCAAACAUCACCCCAGAGCUGAGGGCGCGGAUAGACUGGACCGUCCUUCUGCCCCCGAAACACAAGAAGAACUACAGGCCUCUGAUUGUGGAAAAAGGUUCACAGGAGGCAGGGAAGGAGAUGCCAAGGCUGCUGGAUGUGAGGGCGUCCCCACUGUUAGCAGGACCGGAGGUUUUGGCUAAAUGCCCUCGAGCAUACAUCCUAACGUGCGAGUAUGACGUGUUGAGGGAUGAUGGCCUGAUGUACGCGCGGCGCCUACAGGACGCAGGCGUCACAGUUACCCAAGAGCACUAUGACGACGGCUUCCACGGAUGUUUCACCUUUAUAACCUGGCCAAUGGAAUUUGAUGUAGGGAAGCGAGUACUCAGGGGUUACCUCAACUGGCUGCAGAACAACUUGUGAGAGUGUGUAUGUGUGUGUGCAAAUGAGUGAAAGAGUCUAUAUGAGUGCAUGCAUGUGGGUGUGGGUGUUUUACUGAUAGGAGUGAACUAGUCCUUGCUUAAUGAAUUUGAGGUCUUUGUUGAAAAUAUAAGCUCUUCCUGCACACACACACACACACACACACACACACACACACACACACACACACACACACACACACACAACAUGUUUGCUAGGAGUGGAGAAGGGCAAAUAUGUUAACAUGAACAUAGCUAACACUGUGACCAGCUAACAAACAUACCCAAUAGAUGCACAGCCACAAGCUUUCCACUAAUGGAGAAACUAAUCAGGUGCUUCCACUGGGACCCUAGGGACCACAUCAGAUCAGUACACUUCUUCGUAUCCACAAACACAUGAGCAACAUACUUCCCGUGUAAUUGAUUUUAUACUUAACUUUUAGAAUAAAACA